CGGGAACGCCGGACUCCGCGCGGCCACCCCGACGUGGAGCUGCCUGGAGUUUCGUGGCAAUUGGCGGUGGUGGUGCCGCCGCCUCUUGUCAUUUCCUUUCCUCAGCAGCGAGAGCUGUUCCCUGAGGGAAGCUCGCUUGCCUCCCGCUCCGCUCUCUCGCCCAGCAGCGGCGGCGGCGGCGGCGGCGAAGGUCGGGCGGCGGGUUGGGGUUUUAUUGACUCCACUACAUCCUCCCUGAAGUGCUCGUGCGCUUUGAAUGCUUCAGCGUUUUUUUUUUGACGAAAAGACUCCGCUUUGCGCAUGGAAGCGCUUGGGGACCGAUGGUGAGGACAAGCUUGGGAAGGGACGUAACUGUGAAUCCCCACUGAUGUAUGAAGUCUCAGAGCACCAAAGUGUUGGCACAGAUAGUUCAGCAAGCAGUCUUGGAAGUUCUGUCACAGCAUGUAAGAAGGUGUUGUGCAGUAACAGCCUGCUUGAAUCAACAGAUUACUGGUUGCAGAACCAAAGGACACCAUGUCAAAUUGGCAUUGUGGAGGACAAGUUAGAAAAGAACUACACCUCAGUUUGUUUUGUGAAUCUGGAUGCACAUAAAGAUGACUGCAAUGAUGAGCUCAUGAAACAGAGAUUGAUUGGCAUCUCCCCAAACCUCCCAAAGCUUAUCAGCUCUAUGAAUGUACAGCCACCAAAGGAGAAUGAAAUCAUUCUGCUGAGUGGAUUAACAUCGGGGAACCUCCACACUGAUUUUGAGCUACCCCAGUGUUCUUGGCUGGCAGAUGUCUGUCUGGUUCAGUGUGCAAGAGGAAACAGAAAAAACAGCACAAACUGCAUCAUCUUUGAAAUAAACAAGUUUCUGAUUGGGCUGGAGCUCGUGCAGGAGAAGGAGCUACACACAGAGGCCAGCAUCCUAAAGCCUGAGGACGAUACUAAUUGCUCAGUGUCCUCAAUAGAGGAAGAUUUUCUAACAGCAUCUGAACAUUUUGAAGAGGAGAAUGAGGCUGAUGAAUACAAAAAUGGUCAGGAAAAACUAAUUGUCACAGAAUUUGCAGCAGAAUCCACAAAGUACAGAGGGAAAGGACUUGAAAACCCACUUUACAAAAAGGACAGAUUGGCAUCUACCCUGGAAGCUGAUUGCACUAACAAAGAUAGCACAGUUCCUGCUAGAAUAUCAAGCUCAUCUGAAGAAGACGAUAAUGGUGAGGACGAAGAUGGUGUUUCACAAACUACAGAUAAGGCCAUUCACUGGAAGCCUGGUUUAGCUGGAAAAUCUAAGACUUCCAGUAAUACAGAUCACCUGAAAGAUGCUUCUGAUGUUUCAGAAAAUGCAACUCUGACCAUAAUGGCUCAGGAGGAAAUUGUUUCUUUGGAUGAUACAACAGCAAAUCAGAGCAGUCCUUUGGUCACAUCCAAUUGUAGUGGUGAAAUAACACCUCAUGUUCUCAUACAAAAUGAACAGGCCACUGCCGGUGAAUUUGCUACGAAUUUGGCAGAAUCUGUCCUGCAAGAUGCCUUCAUUAGAUUAUCUCAGUCUGCUUUUACAAAAGAGGCUGCAGUCAGCAUCUCUGUUGGUGGUAAUGCCUUAAGUUCAGCUGCGCAUGUGACACAGGACAUCACGACUUCCCCAUCAUGGAAUGAACUCCCCAGAAUUGUUAUCGUUCAAAGUCCAGAUGGUUCUGACAAUUCAUCUGAAUGGUCUGGGUCUGGUCUUCCCAAUGGAUGUUCUUCAUCUGAAGCUGAACGUUCUGCUGAAGUUGUAGAUUGGUUACAAAAUAACAGCUGCAAUGGAGGCACUGAAAGUGCUUUAGAAGUUGCCCUGGCUUGUGCAGCUACAGUUAUUGGUACCAUUUCAAGUCCACAUGUCACAGAGAAACUGAAAAGAGAGCAGGAAUCCAUAAACUCUAAAACUGUUGUGCUGGAUAAAGAAGAGUUGGAGGGGAUAUCUUCCCCAAAUGCUGAAUCUUAUACAUCUGUGAAUUAUUCAUUUCCGUCGGCUCUGUGUGGCAUGGCCCAAGUUGCAAGUGCUGUUGCUGUUUGUGGUCUCAGUGAAGGGAAAGAUGACAAGUACCCUGUAACUUCAAGUGGACUUUUAUCUGCCGCUGAGACAUCAGCCGCCAUUACACUUCACUGUAGCAUAGCAAUAGGAAGCAGCAUGGAGAACCUGAACGAUAGCAUUGCACAAGUGUUGUUCAAAGAGGCAUCUUUAGUGUUAACAAAACCUGAAACAUACAGAAGUAUUGGGGAUUUUAUGGAAUCUGUAAAUGGGGAAAUAGUUCAGGCUGUGACAAAGCCUUCACUUCCCCAUUUGGAGGAAGUAAUCGUUGAUGACCUUGCCAAGAACCUGUCCAGUGUUAUUCUCAGGCACUCAGCGCAAGAAGUCAGGAAGAAGCAGCUAAACACAAAUUCCAAAAAAAGCAUAGAUUUUAAUACCCAAGAUAUUUUUGUUGCCACUGUAAAUAAACUGCUUUUUAAUAUACUGUACUUCACUUGUAAGAAAAUGGGUGACAUUGCACAGCUUAGUGAAUGUUCAGAUACUUGUGCUGAAAGUAAUUUUAGUGAUCAGGUAAUGGAAAGCCAACCAAAAGACACAGCAAAUGAUUUGUUACAACAAUUCUCCAACUACUCCAGUAAUAAAUCUUUUAGUGCCUUCUCUGGCACCUGCCCCAAUAAAGAGGUCGUGUCUGAAACAGAUUCUGUGAAAGUUGUCAAACAGGAAGUUGUGUCAGACACCCUGGAAUCUGGUACACUUGAUGCAGAUUCACUAGCUAGACUCAAUCCUCAUAGUUCACCCACUGGAAAAGCCUCUAUGCAGAAAAGAUAUUUGAAACGAACUGCACAGGAGUGUUAUAAAUGCAUAAAUCCCAGUAGCAGUAAUCAAACCAAAAAAGAAGCCCACACGUUUACUAGCAAAGACAAUAUGGUGUCAAACAGUGAUUGUAGGCCUGGCCUUCAAGAACUUCAAUCUUCCACUGUGGAAGUAAGUACAGAAAGUGAAGAAAAGCAUACGUGUGAUGCAUUGUGGCAAAAUGAAGCUCAACACGCAGUAUUAUUAUUGGAUAAUCAAGGUUUUCUGCCUUCCCAGCCUCUGCCACAAUUGAAGCACCCAGCAGAUAAAUACUGCAUAACAGAUUUUGCAGAGGAAUUGGCAGAGACAGUGGUCUCUAUGGCAACAGAAAUAGCUGCCAUUUGCCUUGACAAUUCAAAUGGCAAGCAACCAUGGUUCUGUGCAUGGAAGAGAGGAAGCGAAUAUCUGAUGCCCCAAGCUUUGACAUGUCGAACGAUCAAGAGGAAGAAAGAAGCAUCAUCUAAUGGGCCAGCUAUGCGGAAGCACAGGCCACCUAGGCUUAGUGAGAUCAAGAAAAAAACCGAUGAGCAUCCUGAAUUAAAGGAAAGGCUCAUGAAUAGGGUAAUGGAUGAAUCUAUUAACCUUGAUGACACACUGGAUUCAAGCAAUAGUUUUGGCAGUGAAGUAGCUGCUAAAAUUAUGACCUUGGCUGAACUGUCUGUGACUGAUAAUGUCUGGCAGAGUCCAAACCAUCCUCGUAAUAGACUACACUGUGACAGAUGGAACAGAGUCAAUGCAUCCAGCUGUGAGAGCAUUCCUGAGGAAGAUGCAGAUUCAAAAGGGUCUGCAAAUACUUUGGGCCUUAUGAACACUUUAGGGCAGCCCAUGAGCAGGACUAGUUCUGUCUCUAAGCAGUCUAGUUGCGAAAGCAUUACAGAUGAGUUUUCAAGAUUUAUGGUCAAUCAGAUGGAGAACGAAGGCAGAGGGUUUGAUUUAUUGCUUGACUACUAUGCUGGGAAAAAUGCAAGUAACAUCUUAACAUCAGCAAUACAGCAGGUUGCCAAGAAAAAUAGCCACCUCAGUGUGAGGCCAAAUUGUCCAUCCAAACAGUCCAGCACUGAAAGUAUAACAGAAGAGUUUUACAAAUAUAUGCUGAGGGAAAUUGAAAAAGAAAAUAAAGAAAACAUGUAUUCUGCUAGGAGUAUAAAAGAUUGGAACAGCAAUUUAUUACACCCUUCCCAACGAUCGCCACUUUGUUUUAGGCAGUCUUCAAUGCCUGAUAGCAGAUCCUCAUCAUCUAGGUUAUCAGUGAAUGUGCCCAUCAAAGCAAAUUCAUUAGAUGGCUUUUCUCGCAAUGGCCAUCGCGAUUCUCUCACUGUACAACCUAUCAGCACAGUGUCCUCCUCAGGGCUUUGCAAAUCAGACUCUUACCUGUAUCAACGAUGUCAGACUGAUCAGAUAACAGACAUGCUGAUUCAUGAGACAUGGUCAAACUCCAUCAAAGCACUAAUGUGUAAGAACAAAAUAAUAGUAGAUGAUGGGGAAGUUCCAGAGCCAGAUCUGCAGCCUCAUGACUCCCCACCACAUGUUCAACUGUAUGCAAACAGGCUAGCUGCCAAUAUUGUGGAAAGUGGUAAAACAUUAAUUGCUACCCAUCAAGAUUCUACAGACAGAGAUCCUGCCUCAGAAAGUAGCCAUAUACUAAUGGGGAAACAAAAUAACUGUAAACCAAUAGAUCACGGAAUAGAUUUGAAUGUGGAAAAACAACCGACAGAAUCCCCUGGGUUGUUUCCUAUAAACUGUACAAACCCUUCUGCAUGCCUAAGAAAAGUGCCUUUAAUUCAGAUAGAAGCAGAACAAAGAGAAGAUCUUGAUAAAGGCUCAGAGACUAUAACUGAAGUUAAUAUUGCCUCUGAAAAAAAUAUGGAGUAUCUAAACAAAGACAAACCUACAGUGGUAUAUACAGGAACGGAGCCAGUUUCAUUAGUGAACAGCUUGACUGCAUGCAGGGGCUCUGAAUCUGAAGCCUCUGCAGAGGCCAAAGCAGCGGAAGAGUCUUCAGUCCCUCUCAGCAGCAGUGAUGAAAGCACAGGUAGCAGCUGGUGUCAGCUGGUAAAUGACGAAGACAACCCUGAUGAUACUAGCAGCUAUUUGCAGCUCAGUGAGAGAUCUAUGAGCAAUGGCAACAGCAGUACUACUAGCAGUCUUGGCAUAAUGGACCUGGACAUUUAUCAGGAAAACAUGCCAUCUUCUCGUACAAUUCAUGAGAUAAUAGAAGAAAACACAUUCCAUAACAAAGAGCCAGAAGAAGCAAUAGAACCUACUUCUGGUUUGUGUGUGACAACAGCAAAUGAGCAAAAGGAUCUCUUGGUGAUCAAUUUUGAUCUGGAACCAGAGUGUCCAGAUGCAGAAUUGCGUGCCACGCUUCAGUGGAUUGCUGCGUCUGAGUUGGGGAUUCCCACAAUCUAUUUUAAGAAAUCUCAGGAAAACAGAAUUGAAAAGUUUCUAGAUGUUGUGCGGCUUGUCCACAAGAAGGCCUGGAAAGUGGGUGAUAUCUUUCAUGCUGUGGUAGAAUUCUGCAAGCUCCAAGAAGAAAGCAGAGCGUUCACUCCAAGCCUCUUUGAUUGGCUUCUUGAGCUGGGAUAAGAGACCUUGUUACAUGCUUCAUUUUCACUUUUAAUCCCUUAGUGGCAGUGGUUUGUGAGUGGCCCUCUUUUUCAGAACAUCAGCACAUAAACUGAACAGAAAUGCACAAACUCUGCCAGUGCACCAGUCUGCUUGAAAACUGUACAUAAUGAGUGAAGGAAAAGAAAAAAUCCGGGUUUUGCAGUUCACUCAUGUGAGAAACCUCAUGUUUUAGUAUAUACUGUUCGCAGGAAAGGAUGGAGGUGUGUAUUUUAAACUAGUAAACCUUUUAUGAAGGGUUGCUUUUAAAAGAAUCUGUUUAUCAUAAUCAAAGAUUUUAAAGUAUCUAUUAGCUAUAUAUAUUGACUGGCACUGGAACUGCACAGUUUUUUUGUUGAAGACCUCAGUAUUUGUAAUUUGACAACUCUAGUGGUUUGUAUGGAAUGUUAGUCUGUAGGAGGAUGCACCUCUCAAUGAAUUCUAUAUAAUUAUGUCUUCAAAUUACCCACAAGGAGCAGAAAGAGGACUCUUGAGCUUUUGAACACUGCUACAAAUAAGUGACAUUACCUGUUGAAAUUUCUUUUUAAAAGCCUGUUCAGCAGGCAUAUCUAUUCUGCUGAGAUAAAUUAAAGUUUGGCAGAUUUUCAUACAGGUCUUUAAAACUCAUGUUGUUGUUGUUGUUGCUGUUAUUUCCUGUAACUAACAGAGGCUGCAUGCUCCAGUGAAGGUAAUAUAAGACUGCUCAUUAACAGAUCUGAGUCCCACACACGGCUUUAUUAGUUGCUUGCUGUGAGACUGUGGGCAGGUUUUGGCACUUCUGAGCUUUACUUCUGCCAAUCUGUAACAGCGAUUCGUGUCCUUUGUAAAGUUCUUUGUGAUCUUUAAAUAAACAGAAUAAAUUUUGUAAGGGAUCCAAAUUACUACACAAAUUUUACAUUCUAAUUCUAUGCAUAUUUGCUCAGACGUAAGUCCCACUGAGUUUACUGGCUCUUACUCUAAACAAGCAUGCACUAGAGUGUGACUGUUAGAUUUGCUAUCAUUUAGACUACUCUACUAAACUAAAAUCAGUUUGCUUCAGACGAAGCUGAAAACAGUACCUUCAUAAAAAGAACAUAACUGUGAAGGUUUUUUGUACUAAUAGAAAAACAUAAACAUGUUAACAUCUUUAGAUCUAACUUUAGUUUUGGAAUUAUAUAUUAGAGAUGCAGUACAAAUGAGUUUCUCGCUACAGGAAAAGUUUAGUUUGUAGGAAAAGUUUUACGAGAAGUUUAGUUUGUCAACAUGUGGUCUUGAUCUUCAAAUGAUUAGAUGUUUUCAUACCUGUAUGUAAACAUUCUUUGACACCAGUCAAAAGUUCUUGGAUAAUUUUUAAGUCAAGAAAAAGAAUUGUGUUAUAGCAAAAUAUUCGGCUCAUUACCUACUAAAUAAUCUCCAUUGUGAACAUUCUCUGCAAAUGUAAUCUUCACAAUGCAGUUUUACUCCUCACUAUUCAAAAUCAUACAUAUUCUAGUACGUAUUUAUGGCGGGGUGGGGGAGAUGACUUUAAUUUUUUGGUUUUGUAGCAAUUCUGCUUGUAUGUUCUGAAAAAUAUGAAAGGUGUAUUUUUAUUUUCAUUACCAGAGUAUAUAAUUCUAUAUGUCAAAAAUGUUUUUGCACUAUUUUUGAGUAAUUUAAAAUAAAUUAUAAAGAGCCAUAUUUGCCACCAUUGUUCCUGUGAAAUCAGCUUCCAUGCAUGCCUGUCCUUUGUCCUGCUUUCAGUAAAGAAGGUAUCUGCCAACAUUUUAACCUAUUUCUAACUGUGCAAACAACAUUGCUGCUGUUACAGUGAUUUUACUAGUAAAAAAGUAAAGAUUGCUAUUUUUACUCCUGAAACUAGCUUAGGCUGAACAGCACCUGGCUCUAUUCUUGAGAAGUGUCACUAUCCAAAAAGUGUGCCAAGAAUUAUGUGCACUCAGUACCUCUCACAAAUAAAGUUAUGAGGCAUUAAAGAUUGAAAUCAAAUUGCUUGAAAAGUUAUUUAUUUUUUGAUCCAUGCAAGUGAGUUGUGCGUUAUACCGACCUUCCACAGUGGUAGAAUAAAUGUUUACAAGCACAGAUAAAACAGCUGCCAUGUAACAAUGUUAUGAAAUUCCUUUCUGUACGUUUCUUAGUAUUGCAACCAGAUCUGAAAUAAAUUUGUGUUAAAAGCCUA